AUGUCAAUUUGUGGUUGCAAUAUAUCAAUUUAUAUUCCUUGUUUACAAUUAACAACUAUAUACGCCACAAUGAAAGAACCCUCCCAUGAACCCAAUUACGGUGCAGGCCACGAAACCAAUUGGAACGCCAGUAACGAAUCUAUAGCAUCUGAUAUUUCGAACGAAUCGAUUGAUGAACAUGAUGACCACAGAUCUGUAGACCAUUUUGCAACCACAGGGUACGAGGUAUCUUCAUUCAGAAGAGUGAAAAGAUAUGUUAAAUAUCUUUUAGGUUUGAGAAAAUCCCAUAGGCAGCCGUUAUUACCUCAUCAUUCUCCACCACCAUCGCCAUCACCACCUAGGCGCCCAAUUAAUUACAUAAUUUUUGACAUCAUUUGGAACAGAAUUUUGACCGAAGCAAACCGGGAGUUGUUGGUAAACUACAAAUGGGUGUUCUUUCUCUUGUCUAUUUUGAUUGUGGUUGCUGUCCUAGUAAUCACAAACAACUUCGAAUAUUUACAACAGUUUCUCAAGAACCUAUUUUGUUAUCUUUUAAAUUGUUUACGCAAUGGAACUACAGAUUGUUAUGUAUGA